GUGCAUUGAUUAUUAGUGUUGCUUCAAGUUAACGUCUAGUUUUUGUUAUCUAUGAUGCUAAGUCGACACUUUUUAUCACCAUUUUCAGCCAGCCACUGAGUGACUAUAGACUGACCCUGUGUGAUAGUGUUACACAACACAAGGCCCUUCCUACAACAGACAGAACAGCUGAUGAGGUGCUGGUGUGGAGUGGAGUGAAGGGGAGGGACCGAGUCCUGCAGGAAGCUUGAAGACUGACUCCCAAUUCAAUGAAGUCACUGGUGUCUGUUAAUCUCCCAGUCUUGGUCAGUGGAUUCUACCCACAACUGAGCUGCUGCUGCAGGAUGAGAACGCGGAGUAAGGACUGACACGUUUUUGAAAAGUUGUUUUUUUUUAACCUGUUUUAUUCACUUGUUUUGACAAUGAUGCUACUGUGUUUUUCCAGUGCAGAUCAGUUUUAUCCCUGGGACUGGGAAUUUUUGCGUUAGGAAAAAAAACGUUCACUCGUCUUUGACUGCGUUGAAAGAAUAUGACAAUGACUAAUGAGUCGAUGGCAGGGAGAACCAUGGUCCCGACCAUUCCAUCCAUCAUGUUCAUUUUCGGGGUGGUCGGGAACGUUAUCGCCAUCGUGGUUCUUUGUAAAUCCCGUAAAGAACAGAAAGAAACAACUUUUUACACGCUGGUUUGUGGACUGGCAUUCACGGACCUGCUGGGCACCAUGUUGGCCAGUCCGGUCACCAUCGCCAUUUACGUCAAGGGUUCGUGGCCCGGAGACGACCCUCUGUGCCAGUACUUUGGAUUCACCAUGCUGUUCUUCUCGCUGGCGGGGCUCAGCAUCAUUUGUGCCAUGUCGGUGGAAAGAUACAUCGCUAUAAACCAUGCCUACUUCUAUAAUGACUAUGUGGACCAGAAACUGGCAGGUUUGACGCUCCUGGCGAUCUACAUCUCCAACGCUCUCUUCUGCGUCCUGCCGAUCCUGGGUUUCGGACAGGUGACCAAACAGUACCCGCAGACCUGGUGCUUCUUGGAGUGGAGGAGCAACAAGACCAGCGACGCUGCUUACUCCUUCAUGUACGCAGGUUUCAGCUCUCUCCUCAUUCUGGCCACCGUCGUCUGUAACGUGCUGGUGUGUGUGGCUCUGAUCCGGAUGCAUCGGCGCUACGUUCGCAGGAUGUCCAUGGGAACAGACCUGGCACGGAACGUGGAUCCGCGGAGAAGAGGACUCAGCUUCAGGCGCACGGCUGGCACGGAGAUUCAGAUGGUCAUUCUGCUCAUAGGCACGUCGGUAGUGGUGCUCAUUUGCUCAAUACCACUUGUGGUUCAGGUGUUUUUGAACCAGCUCUAUAAGACUCCGGUGGAACUGCGGUUGGAUAAAAACCCAGAUCUGAGAGCUAUCCGUUUUGCCUCCUUUAACCCCAUUCUGGACCCUUGGAUCUACAUCCUGCUUCGAAAAGCAGUUUUUCUCAAGCUCAUCGAAAAAAUCAAGUGUCUGUUUUGCAAAAUAGGAGCACGGGGCCAACAGAGACAGCGGAACUUCCACUGCAUCAGCGUUUAUCAGCUCUCUUCGAUCAUCUCCAACCAGGACUCUCUGCGAGAUGUCAGCAGCACCUCCCAGACCUUUCUCUACCUGCCAGAGGGGAGUGAGGUGUUCACUGGCAGCUGUCAAAAAGAAGACAUACUGGCCGGUUCAUCAGUCAGAAACUCACAAGCUUCCUGUUCAUCUGAGCAGUUUGAAGCUCCAGCCGGAGAAAGGAUAGACGUGAUCAGAGUCCUCUCAGCCUUGCCGUGCCCAAAAGAUCCGAUGGUACAGAUGUCACUCAGCACAGAGACGGUGGAGGAGAAAUGCAUCUGAUUAAAGUUUACACAUCUACUGAGUCACUCCUACUUCAACUGACCUUCGAAACCCUGGCCAUGGGAGGAAUGGGAAAAGUUAGAUGCAAAGUUCUCAGAAUAGAAUCCUUUUUAUAGUGUUUACUAAGUGCUUUUAUGAAGAGCAAUUAAUCUUAAAUACAACAUUUAUCUAAUCUCUUUUUGGCUUGUCAAAGAUUACCAGAUGUUGCAUUUUAACUA